AACAAUAUCUAUUUCGUUUCAUAUGUUCCGGGAAAUCCUGAGCACCUGUCAGCUCUGUGCUGCUCAGCUGCUGUGGGGUUACAGCCACGGUUGAAGACAGGCGUCUAAAUCUAUCAGUUUUAUCUAUAAAUUCAUAAUCAUAAUGGGGAAGAAAGAUAAAAAGAAAGGAAAAGGAGCAGAGAAAACAGCAGCGAAGACACAAAAGAAAACCAAUCUAAAGAUAAAGAAAACUUUGCAAUCAAAGGGAGAGGAAGAUAUAGACACACUGCUUGCACAGUUUGCAGAGGCAGAUCAGAAGAAGCUGCAAGUUGUCGUGGAACUCUGCAAAGCUCCACCUUCUAAACGAUCUGCUUUCUCAUUCACUAUGCAUCCUGAGAAGGAUCAGCUCUUCAUGCUGGCUGGAGAGUACUUCAAUGGAAUAAAUACAAUGGUGCACAAUGAACUGUACAGCUACACAGUCAAGCAAGAUCGUUGGCAUGACAUACGAUGUCCUGGUGGGCCACCUCCGAGAUGUGCUCAUCAGACAGUGGCUGUUCAACAGAAUGGUGGAGAGCUGUGGGUGUUUGGCGGCGAGUUCACAUCCAAGUCCCAGUCACAGUUCUACCACUACAAGGAUCUCUGGGUCUAUUCCAUUGCCAACAAAACUUGGAGGAAAAUCACAGCAAAGGAUGGUCCUUCGGCCCGCAGUGGCCACCGUAUGGUGCUGUCUCAGAAAAAACUCUUCCUUUUUGGUGGCUUCCAUGACAAUGGUUUCGACUACAAAUACUUCAAUGACGUACAUGCCUUCGACUUAGAAAAUUAUCAGUGGUUAAAACUGGAAAUUUCAGGUAAAUUGCCGGAUGCGAGGUCUGCAUGUGGCAUGGCAGCUCUCAAUGAUGGCCGCCUGCUGGUGUAUGGGGGCUACAGCAGACAAAAGCUGCAGGGAGCCAAAGACGACUCAGGCGUCAUCCACACGGAUAUGUUCCACUUGGUGCCUAACAAGCAUGACACCACGGGACUGCAGUACAAGUGGGUGCUGGUGAAGCAGAGUGGGGACGUUCCCAACCCUCCUCGCUGUUCCUUCUCGUUCAGUGCGUGCUGCUCCCUCGGCCAAGCCGGCACCUGGCAAGAUAAAGCUGUUCUUUUUGGUGGCGUCAAUGACAUUCAACCUCCUGAUGAAGAUGAGAAGCUCGAAGGAGAGUUUUUUAAUGACCUCUUUUUACUUGACAUGACCAGAGGCUCGUGGGUCGAGUUGCAAUUGAGUGGCAAACGAAGCGCAGCGGACGAAGAGAAGAAGAGGAGAAGAGCCGAGGAAGAUAAGGACGACGUCGAGAUGCCGGACGUCCAAGAAGCUGAUGAUGCUGCAGCAGAGCUUACAAAAGCAUCUUUGGAACCACAAGUGCACACGGUUGUCACGGAUGGAAUAUUUACGUUGACAGUUGACAUGAGAAGCAGCACAAGUGCUGCAGCCAGCAACGAGCUGGGCUCGUCUCUCGUGGCUCGUGCGGCCGAUAAGAACGUCUUCUGGCCUCCGCCGAGAAUUUCUGGCGGCCUGUCGGUGAGGAGCGGCGUGCUGUACCUCUACGGCGGACUCUACGAGGAGGGCGACAAGCAACUCACGCUCAACGACUUCUAUUCUUUAGAUCUGAACAAGCUGGAAGAAUGGCGUGUCAUCAAACCUCUCGAUCCUAAAGACUUGGAAUGGUUUGACUCUGAAGAUGAUGAAGAUGACGAUGAUGAUGAUGACUCAGAUUCAGAAGAUGGUAGCGAAGAUGAUCAUUAAUGCUUCCUCUUCAAAUUAAAUCUACUGAAGAAGAAAGUAUUUUAAUGCCCUUCAAUU